CCGGCUUCCAUGCGCUUCUCUCCCCAGGCGGUGGCGGCAAAACAGAGGGUGGCUCGUGAAUCUGCUGCAACAGCUUAAGUCAUCAGCCCCCGGUAGGGCCUGGCACUAUCGUCACCUCUUAACGGGAGCUCUCUCUGCCAACCUCCGAUCUCACUUCCAACUCUCUCCACCUCUGCCAUCCCAUCCCAUCCCUUCCAAUUUCCCCUCCCCCUCAGGCAUCUCUUCCUGUCUGGUGGGACUUGUCUUUCUGUCCUUUUUCCUUUUCACCUCCAUUUUCGCCUUGGUCCCUGUUGCCGAGCUUCGCCAAAUCCGGUACAGCGACAGUCCUUGAUACGUUCCCAACUGUCUACGUUGCUUUACGCGCCUUAUCCAACCCCCCUCCUUCAAGAUGAGCUCGGAACCGGAUCACACCCACGACAAGAAGAGGGUCAACCUCCAAGACGCCUCCGGCGCUGAGAAGAAAGAGGAGCUUGAUACUUCGACGGCUAUUCUGAAGAAGAAGAAGAAGCCCAACUCCUUGAUUGUCACUGACGCCGUUAACGAUGACAACUCCGUUAUCGCCCUCUCCAACAACACAAUGGACACCCUUCAGCUGUUCCGGGGUGACACCGUCCUCGUCAAGGGCAAGAAGCGCAAGGAUACUGUUCUGAUUGUGUUGGCGGACGAUGAUCUCGAUGAUGGAAGCGCUCGCAUCAACCGUGUUGUGAGACACAACCUCCGUGUCAAGCACGGCGACAUCAUCACCGUCCACCCUUGCCCCGACAUCAAAUACGCCAAGCGUAUUGCCGUCCUUCCCAUCGCAGACACCGUCGAGGGCCUGACUGGCUCCCUCUUCGAUGUCUUCCUCGCCCCCUACUUCCGCGAAGCCUACAGACCCGUGAGACAGGGAGAUCUGUUCACAGUAAGAGGUGGUAUGAGGCAAGUGGAGUUCAAGGUUGUCGAGGUGGACCCCCCAGAGUACGGUAUUGUGGCUCAAGAUACUAUCAUCCACUGCGAGGGUGAGCCGAUUCAGCGCGAGGAUGAGGAGGGUAACCUCAACGAGGUCGGUUACGACGACAUUGGUGGCUGCCGGAAGCAGAUGGCUCAGAUCCGUGAAUUGGUCGAGCUGCCCCUUCGCCACCCUCAGCUGUUCAAGUCGAUCGGUAUCAAGCCCCCUCGUGGUAUCCUCAUGUACGGUCCUCCUGGUACCGGUAAGACCCUGAUGGCUCGUGCCGUGGCCAACGAGACCGGUGCCUUCUUCUUCCUGAUCAACGGUCCCGAGAUCAUGUCCAAGAUGGCCGGUGAAUCCGAGUCGAACCUGCGCAAGGCCUUCGAGGAAGCUGAGAAGAACUCCCCUGCCAUCAUCUUCAUCGACGAGAUCGAUUCCAUUGCUCCCAAGCGUGAGAAGACCAACGGAGAGGUCGAGCGCCGUGUCGUCUCCCAGCUCCUGACCCUGAUGGACGGCAUGAAGGCUCGCUCCAACGUCGUCGUCAUGGCCGCCACCAACCGCCCCAACUCCAUCGACCCUGCCCUCCGCCGUUUCGGUCGUUUCGAUCGUGAGGUCGACAUCGGCAUUCCCGACCCCACCGGCCGUCUUGAGAUCCUGCAGAUCCACACCAAGAACAUGAAGCUGGGUGACGAUGUUGAUCUGGAGACCAUUGCCGCCGAGACCCACGGUUACGUCGGUUCUGAUCUUGCCUCCCUCUGCUCCGAGGCUGCCAUGCAGCAGAUCCGUGAGAAGAUGGAUCUGAUCGACCUCGAUGAGGAUACCAUCGAUGCCGAGGUCCUCGACUCUCUUGGUGUCACCAUGGAGAACUUCCGCUACGCCCUGGGUGUCUCCAACCCCUCCGCCCUGCGCGAGGUUGCCGUCGUCGAGGUGCCCAACGUUCGCUGGGAGGACAUUGGUGGUCUGGAGGAGGUCAAGCGCGAGCUUAUUGAGAGCGUCCAGUACCCUGUCGACCACCCCGAGAAGUUCCAGAAGUUCGGUCUUUCGCCUUCUCGCGGUGUUCUGUUCUAUGGCCCCCCCGGUACUGGUAAGACCAUGCUUGCCAAGGCCGUGGCCAACGAGUGUGCUGCCAACUUCAUCUCGGUCAAGGGUCCUGAGUUGCUGAGCAUGUGGUUCGGUGAGUCGGAGAGCAACAUCCGUGACAUCUUCGACAAGGCCCGUGCUGCAGCUCCUUGCGUUGUCUUCCUGGACGAGCUGGACUCCAUCGCCAAAUCCCGUGGUGGUUCUGUUGGUGAUGCUGGUGGUGCCUCUGACCGUGUCGUCAACCAGCUCCUGACUGAAAUGGACGGUAUGACCUCCAAGAAGAACGUCUUCGUCAUCGGUGCGACCAACAGACCCGAGCAGCUCGAUGCCGCUCUAGUCCGCCCUGGUCGUCUCGACACCCUGGUCUACGUUCCUCUGCCCGACCAGCUCUCCCGUGAGAGCAUCCUCAAGGCGCAGCUCCGCAAGACCCCCGUUGCGGGCGAUGUCGACCUGACCUUCAUUGCUAGCAAGACCCACGGCUUCUCCGGUGCCGAUCUUGGCUUCGUCACCCAGCGUGCCGUCAAGCUGGCGAUCAAGCAGUCCAUCAGUGCGGACAUUGAGCGCACGAAACAGCGUGAGGCUCUGGGCGAGGAUGUCAAGAUGGAGGACGAGGAGGUUGAGGAGGAGGACCCGGUGCCGGAGCUGACCCGGGCGCACUUCGAGGAGGCGAUGAAGUCUGCCAGACGGUCGGUCAGCGACGUGGAGAUCCGCCGGUACGAGGCAUUUGCGCAGAGCCUGAAGAACUCGGGCGGCAGCAGCUUCUUCCGGUUCCCGUCGGCGGGUGAGGUGACGGACAACAACACGUUUGGUGAAGCCGGCAAUGACGACAGCCUCUAUGACUAGUGUUCUUUCUUACAUUUACAUGUUCCAAGUUUGCUAUCCAUCUGCACCAGUUAGAAACAGCGGGUUUUGAGGCAGGAGAAAUGCCGGACUCGGUCAUUCGUAUUGGGGUAUUUCUUGAGAUUGAUCUGUCGAGCAUACUGGUGCUAUAAUAUAAACUACAUGGUAUUCUGUAGUCAAGGUAUCUAUCUCUACUGAAGUGGAUAUGUAGAAUGUGCAUUACUGCUACUGCUGUGGU